AUGAACCAACAAUGGGACGACAGCCAACUCGUGGCGACCUGGGAUAAGGCAUACGAGGAAUAUCUCAAGUACCAUAAGAAGAGCACGACGGAAGGUGCAGUGAUCAAUGAGAUGAGAACCGACAAGGAGCAGAAGGAAAUGCCAGAAGAGGAUGAUGAUGCGGAUAUGAACGACACAGCCGACACAGCUAACAAGUUGUUAGAAGCUGCUGAGAUAUCCAACAUUUCUAACGACGAAACCUCAAUGGCGAACCCAGGAUCCGGAUCGGCAUCGGCACCCACUGGACCUUCUUUGGAUCAUCUGGACGAGAGUGUUCGAAGUCUAGUCAUGGCUUGGUAUUGGGCAGGGUACUACCAGGGAUUAUAUGAAGGUAAGAAGUAG